AUGUACCAAGAGGGCGAGGGCGGGUUGCGCUUCUACGACGUGGCGGCGGGCAAGGGCACGCUGGCGGAGCAGGGCGACCCCGUCGUGGUGCACUUUGAUGUGACGUAUCGCAGCCUCACCGUGGUGUCCAGCCGCCAGUCCAAGCUGCUGGGCGGCAACCGCGUCAUCUCCCAGCCGUACGAGUUCUCACUGGGCGCCAAGCCAGGCGCGGAGAGGAAGCGCGAGUACGCGGAGUCGGCCAACGGGCUCUUCUCCGCCCAGGCCACCCCCAAACCGCCCCGCGCGCUCUACAGCGUGGUGGCGGGCAUGCGCGUGGGGGGCAAGCGCACAGUGAUUGUGCCUCCAGAGCAAGGUUACGGCGACAAGGGCUUCGCUGAAAUCCCUCCGGGCGCCACCAUCCAGCUCACAGUGGAGCUGCUUGAGCCAUCUCACUGUCGCACUCGCUAUCUCCCUUCCCCUUUCCGUGGCGCUCCCUAUCUCCCCUCCCCUUCCCGUCGCGCUCGCUAUCUCCCCGUCGCGCUCGCUAUCUCCCUUCCACUUCCCGUCGCGCUCCCUAUCUCCCCUCCCCUUACCAUCGCCAUAGCUAUCUUCCCUCCCCUUCCUGUCGCCAUAGCUAUCUCCCCUCCCCUUCCCGUCGCGCUCCCUAUCUCCCCUCCCCUUCCCGUUGCGUUCAUUAUCUCCCCUCCCCUUCCCGUCGCGCUCCCUAUCUCCCCUCUCCUUCCCGUCGCCAUAGCUAUCUCCCCUCCCCUUCCCGUCGCGCUCCUUAUCUCCCCUCCCCUUCCCGUCGCCAUCGCUGUCUCCCCUCCCGUUCCCGUCGUGCUCGCUAUCUCCCCUCCCCGUCCCGUCGCCAUCGCUAUCUCCCCUCCCCUUCCCGUCGCCAUCACUAUCUACCUCCUCUUUCUCUCGUCGCGCUCGUUAUCCCCUCCCUCUUGUCGCGCUCGUUAUCUCCUCCCCUCCCCGUCGCGCUCGUUAUCUCCUCCCCUCCCCGUUGCGCUACUUAUCUCCUCUCCCUCUCGUCGCGCUCGUUAUCUCCUCUCCCUCACCAUCGCGCACGUUAUCUCCUCCCCUCCCCGCCGCGCUCGUUAUCUCCUCCCCUCCCCGCCACGCUCGUUAUCUCCUCCCCUCCCCACCGCGCUCGUUAUCUCCUCCCCUCCCCGCCGUGCUCGUUAUCUCCUCUCCUCCCGUAGCGCUCGCUAUCUCCCCUCCCAUCCUAUCGCCUCGGUCUUUCAUCUCUCCUCCCGCUGCCCUCGUAUUCUCCCUCCCUUCCCGUCGCCCUUGUUUCACCCCGUCGCUUUCUCCCAUCUCUCCCUUCCCGUCAGCCAUUCGUUUUUUCGGUCAGGACCCGUGUAUGAUGAGUUCGUGACUCUCACAGCCCUUGUCGCCUGCACGUAA